CCUGUUGUGCAAGGUUUCUCAGGUUUGAGAAAGCUGGCGACCGCUUUGCAUUUUCCUUGGACUUGGAGUUUAUGCACCGACUUUCAGCAAUCUUUCGGUGUGGAACUUUCGGACUUGGGAAAAUGGAGAACGUUCUCUCUCCGGUUAGCAAUGGCGUUUCCCAGCGGGCACCAAACGGCGAAGUGAAAAAGCCAGUCAAACAGCGGCACGAGGAGUACCAAUACUUGGAUUUGAUAGAAACGAUUAUUGGAACGGGAAAUGCGAAAGGAGACCGAACCGGCACAGGCACGCGAAGCUUGUUUGGUGCUCAGAUGCGCUUCAACCUGCGCGACGGCCAGUUUCCACUGCUGACGACCAAGCGUGUGUUCUGGCGAGGAGUCGUGGAGGAGCUCCUCUGGUUCGUGCGAGGCUGCACCAAUGCCAAAGUCUUGUCCGACAAGAACGUGCACAUCUGGGAUGCCAACGGAUCUCGCAGCUUCCUGGACAAGCUGGGCCACACGGAGCGCGAGGAGGGUGAUUUGGGACCCGUGUAUGGCUUCCAGUGGCGACAUUUCGGUGCUGAGUACAAGGACAUGCACACAGACUACACGGGACAAGGUGUGGACCAGUUGGCUCAAGUCAUACACACCAUCAAGACAAACCCGAACGAUCGACGCAUAAUCAUGAGCGCCUGGAACCCGGCAGACCUGGGCAAGAUGGCCCUACCGCCGUGUCACUUGAUGUGUCAGUUCUACGUGGCCAACGGCGAGCUGUCUUGUCAGAUGUACCAGCGAUCGGCCGACAUGGGACUGGGCAUUCCGUUCAACAUUGCCAGCUACUCGCUACUAACGUGUAUGAUUGCUGAAGUCUGUGAUCUCAAGCCUGGUGACUUCAUUCACACGCUCGGUGAUGCGCAUGUCUACAGUAACCACAUUCAGCCUUUGCAAGAACAGCUGAAGCGUGAACCGCGCGAGUUCCCGACUAUGAAGAUCAAGCGCAAGGUGACGGACAUUGAAGACUUCAAACUGGAGGACUUUGAGCUCGACGGCUACAAGCCGCAUCCGAAGAUUGCCAUGGAAAUGGCCGUAUAGAGAGAGUGUGUGUGAAAGAGAGAGAGAGAGAGAGAGAGAGAGAGAGAGAGAGAGAGAGAGAGAGAGAGAGAGAGAGAGAGAGAGAGAGAGAGAGAGAGAGAGAGAGACUAGCACUGCUGGUAUUGUCGUCCAGUGUUACGCUUCACACAAUGCCUUGCAACGUGUGGAGGACUAGCAGCAUAUGGAAUGUGUCAUUUGGACAUUGGAGUCGGACUGACGUCCGUGUGCAGGUCAUGGUGGUGUUGCUGUUUGCUGCAACAUGCUGUGUAACGUCUCCUCUGACGUGUUCGCUGCUCUCUUGCGCUGCCAGUCCUGUGUAUGCUGUUCGUGCUCGGUAGGUAAAUGAAUAGCGGCCUAGUUCUGUGCAGGCCUCUCCUGUUGAUUGGCUACAUCCCGUGUGGCUGUACAGUUCGGACACUUUUUUCGGCUUUGCAUGCUCCCCAUUCGGCCCAUCGUAUGUCCACUCGGUGUAGUCUCUUAUAGAGUUCCGGUUGUCCUAUGUAUGUGUGUGUGUGUUUGUUUGUUCCUCCCUCCACCUUGCUUCUGUACAUACGCUACUGCUGAAACAUAUCUUGCUGUUUUGUCCUGAUCUUUGUCGUUUUCCUUGUUUUUCAUAUUAUUUCUUACUUUUUUUAAUAAUUAUUAAUUUGUUUGCCCAUUUUGAACUUCCCAUAGUUUUUAGGCAUUUCAGGUGAUAAUUACACUGUGCUGAUGCUUCAUCGCUAUAUCAUAGACCUCAGUAGUAUGUUGUGCUUUGUCAAUGCGUCCAUCGA